CGUUUCUUAUAGUUUUUUUGUUUUCUUUUCCAGCAGGAUCCAUUAGCGUUGGCAACAUCAGCGUGACGUAAAUAGAGCUAACCAGAAAAAUAAAUCAAUAAAUCAAUAAAAGAAAUAAAGGAAAGAAAGAAGGAAUUAUCGGUGAGUCGAACAAGUCGCUUUUUUGUUCGAUGUCUUUGAUUGCUUCAGUUUAUUUGUACACAGAUGGGUGACAGAGCGGUCUGUUUUUGUUAGCUUGGUGGCUAAUCUUGGGCUGCAUAGCAGGUUUAUAACACCAGACCUGUGCUAACGCCAGUUUAAUAACUUAGUGACGAAUCGGAAAAGCUGCUUUUAGACACUUUAUAUAUUAAUAGACAUAAAAGGGAACUGCAGUGUGAAUUUGAGCUUCAGUCAUGGUGUGCAUCCCCUGCAUUGUCAUCCCCGUCCUCCUGUGGGUUUACAAACGCUUCCUGGAGCCCAUCAUCUACCCGUUCAUCUCUCCAUUCAUCAGCCGGUUCUGGACCAAACCGGCGGUGCAGGAGACGGGAACGAAUGACACAAAGACCAACCAAACAAACCAUCCAAUCAAGAACGAAUGCAAUGGAAAUGCAGACUUGUGUAACGGGACGACGGCAGUCUCGGACAAAAAGAAGGACUGACAUUAUACGCGCCCCGUGUGAAUGUCUGUCGUGUUUUAUAUAACAUGCUGUAGAUACUUUGAACGUAAAUCAUGCUGUCAUGAUCUGACAUUAUUAUGUUACACAAACUUAAUUCAGUCUCAUUUAUAAUUUCCUUUCAUAGAAUAAUUGUAAUAUAAUGGAAUUUAAUAUAUUGACUUAUUACAUUGCUUACUCUUUCAUUCCCAGAAGAUUUCAGACCAGAGUCGAAGGACUGAUUUGAUAUGUUUCCAGAGUGGUUUUGGACUCUGUAAAGAGAAAUAAAUAUUUACAUUUAACAGCU